AUGGAGUCCUCUCCAUUAACCAAGGCCCACGACUACGCCCUCGCAGCCUCCAAGGCGACAAAAGCCGCCGACACCACCGUUGCCGUAGCCCAACAUACCCUCGCCGCGGGCGAGUUCUCCAACGCCGCUCAAAACACCAACUGCGUCGAAGCCCUGCGCACCCUCAAGCUCCUCGAGGAGCACCAUCGCCGCCUAUCCGAGCUCCUCCGCUUCCCCGCCGACGAGAAUUCCUCCCAGCCCUCCGACGCGGGCGCCGAUGCCGAUGCCGAUACCAGCGCUGACGCGGCUUCCGACGAGAAGCAGGCCGAAAAUGCUUCACAAGACCCGGCAGCGACCGAGCCCUUACGGACCGGACGCUCCGCGACAAAGGCCCCGCCCCAGGUGCCUUCGCUGCUAGGCCAGCGCCGCCAGUCCUCGCGGGACCUGACGUCGUCCAUCGCGAGCAAUCUCGCUUCCGCUCGCGGCAUACGCUUCAAAUACGGCGGACAGCCCUUGAGCCCCAGCGUAUCCAACGAUCCCGCUUCCGGCAACCUCGAGACGCCGCCGCGCCGCCGCGAUGGCUCAAGGUCCAAGAUGCAAAAUAUGCUAGAGCAGCCCCCGAAGCCCGUGUGGUCGCCGCACGAGACACUACAGAAGAAAUCGGAGUCGCUAUCACGGGAGUCGAGCGAAUCUGGCAAGGGCCACCCUCCGCGAGCCAACCAGCACCUCCACCAUCCGAAGCUGCGCCCCCAAACGGGUACGGCAGCAUCACUCCACCUCUGCUUACCCACCCUCCACCGAACCCGAUCUAAGCAAGAUCUACUCAAGGCUGCGCUGCGCUUCGUGUCGCGCGACGGCUACGGCGCCAACGACUCGUUCUACGUGGUGCCCACGACCGGCCACACCAUGUCGUACGCCAACAUCCUCACCUUUGCCGAGAAGGAGAAGCGCCGAAUGGAGGCGUCGCUGCACGGCAGCUCCGCCGACACCGUGGGCGACGAGGAUGACGACUUUGUCGACGCGCGCGAGACGCCCAUGCCCCUCUCGCCCGUGGCCAAGCGACGCAUCGGCAAGGGCCGCACCGAGCGGGACCUCAACAACGCCAUCGAGGAGCUCUGCACCGAAAACAAGGGCCUCAAGGACAUGCUCGACAAGCUGAGCAAGCGCCUGCACGCCUUCGAGGCCAGCGCCCAAAACUCGAGCCUCGCCCUGGCCGAGAGCAUGCGCCUCAUGCGACCCGGAUCCCCGCUGGCCUCCGCCGCCACCGCCCGUAGGUCCUCCACCGAGGAGGCGCUCAAGAGGCAAAACGCCGAGCUCGAGGAGAAGCUCGCGGCGGCCGUCAAGCACGUCGAGAUGCUCGAGAAGGAUAACCAAAAGAUGCAAAAGACGCUAGCAAAGUACCGCGAAAAGUGGGAGCAGCUCAAGGAGAGCGCCAAGGCGAGGAGGGGCGGCCAGGGUCCCGGUGCGGCGGGAGGGUCAGGCACAGCUUCUCCUGCGGCAAUGUGA